AGACCUGGCUAAAGUUCAAUGUCGUCUGUGGCGUACACGAUUUGAGCACCUGCGCUACAUGUCGUGCUCCGGGAGUUUCUUCAAACCGUCGACCGUCGUGCAACCGCUCCAUACCAUACUUGAUGCCAUUAUCUCUUACCGCGACAGCCGCAAGAGCAUGCAGUGGGCCUCUGGCUUGGAGGCUAUCGGAGAAAGCUAGACGACUGUCCAGUCUGGUCCAGAGGCACGUCUUCGAACCGCCGAGUGGCUGCAGUGAUGUGAUGAAGUUGCAGGAAGUCGACGCUAGGCGUGCCGUGCGGGAAAAGCCGUACCAACCAAAACGGAAAGCGUUGGGUUGCGCGACCCGUCACCCGAAGCCGUCCCAACCCCACACGCCUAAACAUCGCGCUUGGAUAACCGUGUGCUCAUGCCGUCUCCAAAAGAAGUACUCAUGAUGCCUGUCCACGAUCCCGCGGCCGAGAUAUUCUUCCUGGCGACUCGUUACCACAUCCGACCUUGCCUGCUAAAUUCACGGUCGUCUUGACAUCGACCGUGCACAGGUACGUUCAACGCUGCAUGCGCGAGACGAUGCUUUACAGCUGUAUGCACGACCGAGCACGCUACGUACAGGAUGACCUAGCGAACGCUCAGUAGCAAACGUCCAAAGCUUGCGGAAUGCCCCGGAAUGCGCUUCUUGGGCAUCCACUGACCGUACUGUCCGAGAACUUCGGGCGCAAGCUACCCACAUGGUGCACCUGUUCUUGACCAUUUGCGGCAGAGGCGGUCAUGACAGGGUUUCCCUCUCGUCUGCGGUACCCAGCUUAGCAUAGGCCGCUCAACAUACCCGGGACAAUGCCAGUUAUUGGACGUUGUGUGAUGCC